ACUAACUCCCUGGUCAAUAACUAAGCCGCGUAAACAAGUCUUCCAACUCCGUGUUACCUUCCAGUCCCCUACUACUACUAGAGUGCAAGAGCAAGAAGAUGGAUCCAUUUCACGUCCAUGCUGAUGCAACUGCCAUGUUCGGCUCAGCCAUGCUUCUGCUCGCCCUCAGCCUCCUUUCUAGCACGACCACUAGUGCCAAAAAUCUGUCGUCCUGCAAGCCGGCCGUGUGCCCCUUCUGGCUCAACGGCACACACCCGCCAGAGUGCGGCUACAGCGCUUUUCAGGUCAGGUGCGUAGAUGGCAGGGCGUACCUCCAGCCGUACCAGAUCUUCGACAUCUCCUACGAAGACAAGUCAUUCCGGGUCAUCAAGCCCGACAUCUCCUACGGCGGCAUUUGUGACAGCGAGCUCAACAUUAAUGCCUCCUCCGACCUCGGCCUCACGCCCUUCCGCAUUAGUGCGACCAACCAGGAGCUAUUCUUCCUCAACAACUGCACCGAGCUCCGGUCACAGCCGCCACCACCUGCGUGGGCGCCUGUCAACUGCUCGGAUGGAUUCACCUUGCCGACGUCCAACUCGUUCACAUGGCUUGCCGGAGCGUACAAGCCCAACGGCCAUUGGAGUCCGGUGCCAGGGGGCUGCAGGGUGCCCAUGAUGCCGGUGAUGGGGUACGAGGGCACGUCCGGGGCGGACUACGGGCGGCUGAUGCAGAGCGGGUUUCUUCUGGAGUACAUGGUGGGUGACUGCAAGGCGUGCGAGGAGAGCGGAGGGCUUUGCCUGAUUAAUACCACCUACGAUAUCUUCGAGUGCCACCUGCAAAGGCCGCGUGUCUCCGUCCAACAUUUGCGGUGAGCUUCACACGUAUAAUAGCGACAGUGAGUUUGAACAUUUGCGGUUUAGUUCAGUUUUGGCAAGAUUAAUAAGUUCUUUUUUUUAUCUGAAAAUAAGUAACUUCUGGUAUAGAGGAGAUUUACAGGAGAAGUGAACACAUGAUGCAUCUAUACCUGCUAAUUACUACACUUCGUACUAAAAUGUAGUAAUAACUAGUGCGAUCGGUCCAGUUCUGUACCCUAAGUACUCUUCCGUUUUGGUGCACUGUGGAUCAUGCUGGUACCGCGUUGCAAUGUCAUUGAAACACAUCCUCAUAAUUCACAGUCUAUGCAAUCUCUUAUAUUGGCUAUCAAAUCUACGCAGGCCUAUAAUUAAAGUAUAUUUUUUGUUAAACCUGUAUUUGAGCGACAUAGUUGCUAAGUCAAAAGAAAGCCCAUGUUCUUUUCUUCACUAUCUUGCAAUGAUUUUUUUUGUAUACUUCAUCAGCAGAAUAUUGGAUAUUCAUAGACGAUGCUUAUCUCUUUCUUUUGGAAAAGUAACCAAUGUAGUACU